GCCUGCGCGCGGUUGACGUGUUCCGUGGCUGUGGAGGCGGCGAGGCUCUGGGAGGGGAAGGAGCAGAGGGAGGGAGGGUGAGGUGGGGGGCUGAACCCGGAAGUGGGUAGGCGCUGGAGCGAGCGCGCCGAGAGUGGAGCUCAGCGGCUGGGAGCCAGCGGGGGAGCCCUGGGUUCCCGACCAUGAAAUCCUCGGGCACGCCCCUCCAGAAGCUGUUAACCAAGACAAUCUAGUUUUUUGUUUUUUUUUUUUUUAAAAUAAAUCCUUUAAGACACUUAUGAAGUUUCUUGUUCUGAAAUUGUUGUACUGCAAUGAAGAAAAGGAGAAAGGUUACUUCAAAUCUUGACGAGAAGAUCCAUCUAGGCUAUCGCAAAGAUUCUUCAGAAGGCAAUGUUGCAGUGGAGUGUGACGAAGUAACCUAUACUCAUUCCACAGAGAGACCAACUCCUGAAGCUCUUCACUGUUACCAGGAACUUCCUCCCUCUCCAGAUCAGAGAAAACUUUUGAGUUCUUUGCAGUAUAACAAGAAUUUGCUGAAGUAUUUAAAUGAUGACAGGCAGAAGCAACCAUCUUUCUGUGACUUACUUAUCAUAGUAGAAGGAAAAGAAUUCAGUGCCCAUAAAGUUGUUGUUGCUGUUGGCAGUAGUUAUUUCCAUGCCUGUUUGAGCAAAAAUCCAAGCACUGAUGUUGUCACCCUGGAUCACGUAACACACUCAGUUUUUCAGCAUUUGCUUGAAUUUCUUUACACAUCAGAAUUUUUUGUGUACAAAUAUGAAAUACCCCUUGUUUUAGAGGCAGCAAAAUUUCUGGACAUUAUAGAUGCAGUUAAGUUGCUAAAUAAUGAAAAUGUUGCCACUUUUCAGUCUGAGCUGGCUGAAAAGUCAUCACCAGAAGAAACACUAAGUGAAUUAGCUGGAAGACUAUCAAAUAAUCAUCAGUGUAAAUUCUGUAGUAGACAUUUUUGUUAUAAAAAGUCUUUAGAGAAUCAUUUAGCUAAAACUCAUAGAUCCCUUUUAUUAGGGAAAAAACAUGGGUUAAAAAUGCUGGAGAGAAGUUUUUCCACAAGAAGAUCGAAAAGGAAUCGCAAGUGUCCUGUUAAGUUUGAUGACACCAGUGAUGAUGAACAAGAAAGUGGUGAUGGGUCAGACAAUUUGAAUCAAGAAAAUUUUGAUAAGGAAAAGUCAGACAGAAAUGAUUCCGAGGACCCUGGAAGUGAAUAUAAUGCUGAAGAAGAUGAACUAGAGGAGGAAAUGUCAGAUGAAUACUCUGACAUUGAAGAACAAAGUGAAAAAGAUCAUAAUGAUGCAGAAGAAGAACCUGAAGCUGGUGAUUCUGUAGGAAAUAUUCAUGAGGGGUUAACUCCUGUAGUCAUUCAGAACAGUAACAAAAAGAUAUUGCAAUGUCCUAAAUGUGAUAAAACAUUUGACCGCAUAGGGAAAUAUGAGAGCCACACACGUGUUCACACAGGUGAGAAGCCCUUUGAGUGUGAUAUUUGUCACCAGCGCUAUUCAACAAAGUCUAACCUAACUGUUCACAGAAAGAAGCACAGUAAUGAAACAGAAUUUCAUAAGAAGGAGCACAAGUGCCCUUACUGUAAUAAACUUCAUGCAAGCAAGAAGACUUUAGCCAAGCAUGUUAAGAGAUUUCAUCCUGAAAAUGCUCAAGAAUUUAUUUCCAUUAAGAAGACCAAGAGUGAAAGUUGGAAAUGUGAUAUUUGUAAGAAAUCUUUUACUCGAAGACCACACUUGGAGGAACAUAUGAUUCUACAUUCUCAAGAUAAGCCUUUUAAGUGUACCUAUUGUGAAGAACAUUUCAAAUCACGAUUCGCAAGGUUAAAGCAUCAAGAAAAGUUCCAUCUGGGUCCUUUUCCAUGUGAUAUAUGUGGUCGCCAGUUUAAUGACACUGGAAAUUUGAAACGCCAUAUAGAAUGUACCCACGGUGGAAAGAGAAAAUGGACUUGCUUUAUCUGUGGAAAAUCAGUACGAGAAAGGACUACUUUGAAAGAACAUUUGAGAAUCCACAGUGGAGAAAAACCUCAUCUGUGUAGUAUCUGUGGGCAAAGUUUCCGUCAUGGAAGUUCAUACAGACUUCACUUACGAGUACAUCAUGAUGAUAAAAGAUAUGAAUGUGAUGAAUGUGGGAAAACGUUCAUUCGUCAUGACCAUCUUACAAAGCACAAAAAAAUACAUUCAGGUGAGAAGGCUCAUCAGUGUGAAGAAUGUGGAAAAUGUUUUGGUCGUAGGGAUCAUCUCACUGUUCAUUACAAAAGUGUACACCUGGGAGAGAAGGUGUGGCAAAAAUAUAAAGCAACCUUUCAUCAAUGCGAUGUUUGUAAGAAAAUUUUUAAAGGCAAAUCAAGUCUGGAAAUGCAUUUUCGGACGCAUUCAGGUGAAAAACCAUACAAGUGUCAAAUUUGCAAUCAAUCUUUCAGAAUUAAGAAAACUUUAACAAAACACUUGGUUAUUCAUUCUGAUGCCCGGCCUUUCAACUGUCAGCACUGUAAUGCAACAUUUAAGCGGAAAGACAAGCUGAAAUACCACAUUGACCAUGUUCAUGGCAUAAAAUCUCCUGACGAUCCUCUCAAUACUUCUGAGGAAAAACUUGUAUCUUUGCCAGUAGAAUACUCAUCUGAUGAUAAAAUCUUUCAAACAGAAACAAAACAAUAUAUGGACCAGCCCAAAGUUUAUCAGUCAGAAGCCAAGACUAUGUUACAGAAUGUGUCUGCUGAAGUGUGUGUUCCAGUAACACUGGUUCCAGUUCAGAUGCCUGACACUCAGAGCGAUCUGGUGCGUCAUACUACCACACUCCCACCGUCUUCUCAUGAGAUCCUAUCGCCACAGCCACAAGCGACUGAUUAUCCCCGAGCAGCUGAUUUAGCUUUUCUGGAAAAGUAUACUCUCACUCCUCAACCUGCAAAUAUAGUUCAUCCAGUACGACCUGAACAAAUGCUAGAUCCUAGAGAACAGUCUUAUCUUGGAACAUUGCUAGGCCUUGAUAAUGCUACUGCUGUACAAAGUAUUUCUAAUAACGAGCAUCAUUCAUGAGUAAAUCUAAACAUUCCACAGACUUUUGAUGGUUUUGUGCUAAUGGUAGCCUAGACUGAUGGCUUUUAAAUUAGUAAGGCUGCUAUUUUUCAUUUUCUCUAGUUUCUCCAGUCCUCAGAACCAUUUCAAAUCAAGAAAAAUAUAUAUAUCUCUGUUUACUGAACAGAAUAUUGGGACACAUUUUGAGGUAUAAUAUUUGAAAUGAACAUUUUUAUGAUUUUUAAAGAUAACUUAGUGCUAAUUUUUAAUGGUUUCUCAAACUUUUC